UUAAUUCCACCCGUUUUGGUACUGAUCUCUCCACCACCUCCCCCUAGUCACUCUCAUUUCACACUGCUUUUGUGCCUUCCUUCUCUUUCGCUCCCAUGUCCUCCUCCGCCGACCCCCCGGCGACGACCGGAGUCGGCCUCGGGUACGGCAUCGCCAUCGCCGUGAGCCUCCUCGUCCUCAUCUCCACCAUCAUGCUCGCCUCCUACGCCUGCGUCCGCGUCAAGUCCCACAACCUCCGUGCCACCUCCGACGGCGACGCCGAUGCGGCGGACCCGAGUCCGCACGCGGCGGAGACCGCGGUGACGGUGGGGAUGGAAGGGGAGGCUAUAGAGACGCACUACCCGAAGUUGGUGCUGGGGGAGAGCAAGAGGCUGCCGAAGCACAACGAGGGGGGUCCUUGCUCGAUAUGCUUGGCCGAGUAUGAAGCCAAGGACGUGAUACGGUGCGUCCCGGAGUGCAGCCACUGCUUCCACGCCGACUGCGCCGAGGCGUGGCUCAGGGUCAGCGCCACGUGCCCGCUGUGCCGGCGCUUGCCGGCUGCCAUGCCGCUCGCCACACCACUAUCCGAGCUGGUCCCCCUCGCUACCAAUCCCAGGUGAUCUUGGUUGGCAUGACUUUUCUUCUUCUUUUUUUGUUUCGUCUUGGUUUUGGGUAUGUUCAUUUUGGGGUACAUGUAGUCUCUGCGAAGAAGUCAAGCAUGCAUGGUGCUUUUUCCUUGUUCUUUUCCUUUUCCCUUAGGAUGGUGACCCUCUAAUCUGUGUUUAUAAUGUAACCUAGCGCUAGAGAAUACUCGAGAAAGAAUUUAUU